AUGAGUGAGGUCAUAGAGCCGCAACCGCCGUCCCGGCGCCGAGUUGCUCUGACAGUCCUCUUCCAUUCCACCUGUGCCAUCUUGAGUACGAUUCUCUCCAAGUCAGCACUGAAUGGUAUCGAUGCCCCUGUGACGCUGCUGGCCUUCCAGACAACAGUACAGGUUGUACUGCUCACAACUAUCGGCUACUUUACAAAGUGGAUUACCUUGUCAAGGCCCGUUUCGGCAUGGAUUGCACUUCUUCCACUCACUGCUGCUCGACUUGUCGGCAUCCUCGCCAAGACGUACUGCUUGGCUUCGGUUAACGCUUCCGUCUACCAGAUCGCUCGUGGUCUCCUGCUCCCUUUUACUCUAAUUUUAUCGCUUCUCGUACUUCGACCGCGCCCAUACUACCCGCCAUUGUCGCUUGGCGGCUGUGCUUUGGUGAUGGCCGGCUUUGGCGCCGGAAUGGCAUCUGAUUAUAGCCAGAUGCUAACCAGCGGGAAAGGCGUAUUGCUUGGAGUCAUCUCGAGUUUUACUACAGCUAUCGAGUCUGUGGUUGUGAAGCGCUUUCUCGGAAAAAGCAGCGAGGGAAUGUGGCAGAUGGUCUGGAUGUCGAAUGUCAUGGCUAUUGCGUUUUAUCUGCCGCUGCUAUUACUGUCUGGAGAAAUGGGAACUACGGUAGCUGUCCUGAGCUCAGCAGAGACGGCUGAUGCAUCUGCUACUGCCCACCAGUUCCUAGGCACGGCGGUGUUGACUGGCGUUGCCGGAUUUCUGCUCACAAUAGCCACAUUCAUGCAGCUCGAGGUUACCAGCCCAACUACGCACAUGAUUGUGACAGCCGCGCGAGGAGUAGCCCAGAGCUCCGUCGCUGUUGUAACUCUGGGAGAGCCGUUGACUGCCAACCGUGCUGGCAGCAUGGCUCUGAUCUUAGGUGGAAGUGCCCUAUACGGCUGGGCUAAGGACCGUUAUGCACAGAGCAAAAAGGGCCAGACCUAUCUGCCAGUUUCUCAGGAUGCACAGCUUGAGACGCUGAACAAAGAGGGACGGUAG